GGGUUGGCCAAUGUAUGACUAUUGGUUAGUAGUAUCCUAGUCACGCAACGGCAGCACCACUAGCAUCAUCAAUAGUACAAAACUCAAGCUUCAAAUCGAUACAAUAUACAAAUAUUUUUCCGUUGUAUUGUCUCAUUACGUAUUUUAUCACGAAAAUGUUCAUUACUUUAUAAAACUAAUAAGAAAAUCUAAAAAUAGUUCAGAAAUAUUUUAUAAUAUUAACAUUGUUCUCAAUUAAUGGUUGUAAAAGAUAAAGAAAUGUUAAUUUAAUUAGAGUUAAUUGUAAUAAUUACUGUGAAUUUUAUCGAAAAGUGAUCAAGUAAUUUUUUCUCGUGAUAACGAUUGACUAAAAAAAUUAUUAAUACAUGUUAUAAAUUAUAUGACGUGAUUAUUUAAUCAAGGAAUAAAAUAAGAAUAAAAAUAUGAUUAAUUUUAAUUAGUAAAUAUUUUUAAAAUAUCUAUAAUAUCGAGUCGAUUAUUGAAUAUCUUUUGUAUUUAAGUAAUAUUUGAUGAGUAUUCAAUUCAAAAUGUGAGUAUGACCAGUAAGCGUAAUGUCCUCGGCAAAGGGAGGAGAGGAAGAAAGUCUGUCAUUUUUCGGCAGCAGAAAAAAAAAAUUAUCUAUAAUCUUAAUGGAAGACAAAGCUAUUUUACAGUCUGGUGAUCGAAUUAACAAGACUCAUGUUAGAGUGCCUCUUUACACUGAAGAAAUGUCAAUUAAUCACCAAGCUAAUAAAAUCAUGGCGUCAACAAUACCCUCAACCACUACAGCCACAACAACAAAUUCAAUAACAACUAUCGCUUUAACAACUACGACGACGACAACAACAGCAACCACAACGACAACAUCUACCCCUGCUGCUGAUAGUGGUGGUGGUGGUGGUGGUGGUGGUGGUGUAACUUUCAAUGAUACUGCUGAGUAUGAUUUAAUAGAUUCUAAUGCGGAUGCUAAUCUUCUUGGACAAUUUCAUGAAGAUGCUGUGAAACAGGCUGGUGUUGGAUACUUCCAAAUAUUAACUGCUUUUUACGUGGGUCUAAGUUUAGCUGCAGACACAGUUGAAUUUUUUGUCGUUCCAUACAUUCUACCAUCUGCUGAAGUUGAAUUAUGUAUAAAAGAUAAUGAAAAAGGAUGGUUAGCCAAAAUUACAUUAGUCGGUCUCGCUGUAGGAGGCAUUGCUUGGGGUGUACUGGGUGAUCACAUUGGAAGACGUCGAGCUUUACUGUCUGCCAUGUCUGUUCAUGUACUUUUCAGUGGAGUUGCUACUUUUAUGCCAACAUACGGCACAUUUAUGACUGCAAGAUUUAUUUCUGCUAUUGGAGUCGGCGGUAGCGUUCCUCUAGCUUUUGUUUAUUUAACUGAAUGUUGCCCUCGGGAAAGUAGAGCUAAAUGGACGGGGAUAUUAAUUGGAGCUGGAGCGUUAGGAGGAAUUUAUGCAGCCCUUUUAGCGUGGGCAGUUGUUCCAACAACUGGAGAAAUGGUCGUUUUAGAAAACAAAGAACAUUUUAGUGCUUGGCAUCGGUUUCUUCUUCUUUGUGGUCUUCCAGCAAUUGUUGCUACUGUCGGCCUGAUUUUUUUACCAGAAAGCCCACGAUAUUUAAUUGAAGCUGGUCAUGAUGUUGAAGCAAUGAUGGUUUAUCAAAGAAUAUACAAAAGUAAUAAUGCUAAAAAAAAUAUAUCUGCAAGUCAGUAUCAAUUGUCCGAAUUAGAAUUACCAACUAAACGCCCUCGAGGUUCACAUCAUCGAGGACCUUCAUCAUCUUCAUCAUCGCCAUCAUCAUCAAAUCACCAUCAUCAUCACUACCAUCAUACUUCUAGCGUUCUUGCCGACAUUAUUUACUCAAUAGAAAUAUUAUUAAAUUCAUUUAUCAAACUCUUUUCAGUCCCUUAUCUACGGGUAACCAUUAGCCUUAUUAUUAUUUGGUCUAGUGUUGCUUUUGGCCUUUAUGGACUAAUUCAUUGGUGUCCUGAAUAUCUAAAAGGCAUCAAAGCAAUGGAAUAUCAACAACAAACAAUUAAAUUAAAUAAUAAAGAAUAUUUUAAUCAAACUUUCACGGUCUCUUUUGAGAAUCGUAGGUACAAAAAUUCCAAAUUUAUUAAUUGUAAAUUUACCAAAAUGGUUUUUAGUCAUGUUAAUUUUGAUAAUUGUACUUUUCAAUCGGUCGAAUUUAUAAGUAUCAAAUCAAGUAAGACAUAUUUCACUGAUAGUACUAUUGUAGACUCAACUUUUCUUGAUACAGAUUUAUCUGCUCAAGUUUUUACACGAUGUAUUUUGACAAAUAACACCGAAUUAAGUUUGAGUAGUUCUUGUCCAACUUUAGAUCUUGAUUAUAAUAUUUACAUUGAAGAAGCUCUACAUAGUCAUUUAGUUGCUCAACUUGCUUUUAUCCCUGCAGCUGCCUUUGCUGGUUUUACACUAAAUAUUUUCCAGCCAUCCAAACUUAUUGGUGUUUCCCUUUUUAUUUCAUCAAUUAUUGCCCUUUGUUUGAUGUUAGUCAAUAAUAAUGGACUAGCUGUUUUAGGAUUUGAAGGAGGAUUUUUUGUUAUAUUUGCGAUUGCUUGGACAUCAUUGACUCUUGUAAACAUUGAAAGUUUUCCAACACAUUUACGGUGUACUGCAUUUGGAUUGAUGGCUGUUGCAAUAAGAAUCAGUGGGCUGAUAGGCACAGCUACUUAUGAAACAAUAGUCAAUACUCCUCUAGUAGUCCCUUCUUUAAUUACUGCUUUUUCAUUACUUAUCGCAAGUAUAACAACUCUUUAUUUACCAAAUCCAAACACUCUUUACUUAUAAGUGUAAUUUUUUAGUACAAAUCACAGCAAAUAUUUUAUCAAUGAAUAAUCAUUGUGACUAUAACAAGAAUCUACUCAAAGUAAUAUUUUUUAAUUCCGUUUACUCAGAGAUUAAGAUUAUGAGAUCAAAGUUUUACUUUCAAUUCAGUUUAUAUUUUAGAUUUCUUUUUUUGUUCAAUUUUUUUCAUACGUUUUUACUAUUUUAACCAUAUAAUUACACUAAGAGCGAUACUAAAAAUUAUCAUUACAAUAAUAACAAUAAUAAUAAUAAUGAUAUAAAAGAUGAUAACGGUCAUGAAACAGUCAAAGCGCGCACACAGGCUGUGGAACAAAUAUUCCCUUUCCUCAUUCUUUAUAUUGACUGAUACUUGUAGCUAAAUUUUUUACACAAAAAUAUUUAUUAAAAUAAAAA